CCGAGCCUGAACAUCCCUACACUGGAUCGACCUCUCCCGUCUCAGGUAAAAUGAGCUCACCUUUGUCGAUGCUGAAGAAAACAAGGCGCACCCCUCUGCAGGCCCCUGCCAGUGAGCAGUGGGGCAGACAAAAAGUGCCUAUAAGGAGGAACAUGUUAAAAGAAUUUCAGGCUGCUGCUGCUGCAGAAUCCUCAGAUGUAACUCCUUCACUGACCAGUCCCACCGCAGCGAAUGAUGCCACCACUUCAAAAUCUAAAGCCCCAUCAAAGAGAGGUGUUCCACCAAGCGACUUCGAGCUAAUGUCUGCCAUGAUCCAGCGGGUCGGCCUGCUGGAGCAGAAAGUAAUGUGCCAAGCAAAGGAGAUCGGGCGCAAGGAUAAACGAAUUUCAAUGUUGGAGGCAAAGCUGAGGCUUCCAGAAGAAUCAGAGAGCACUCAUGAUCUGAGCGGCAGACACAACCUUGAGAGAAGGUGCCAACGGCUGCAGAAUCAAGUGUCUGAAAUGAAUAGCUUUCUGAAUGACCAUGGUUUGACCUGGGUGGGAGAUGGUGAGAGCAGUGACGCGGCUGAAAGUGAGAAGCCAGGUGCCUCUGUGGUCCCUAGCUUCCACAUGAACUUUGACCUCGUGCAGCAGAGGAUCAUGGAGCUGAACGUCCUGGCCGGCGAGGGGGAGUGUUUUGUACGGUCGACAGCCACUGGGGCGCAGUUGGCCAAGAAGGAGCCUAUUCAACUGGGUCUCUACCGCAACGGCAUCGUCAUGUUCGACGGCCCUUUCCGCUCCUAUCGGGAGCACAGCACCCAGCGGUGCAUGAAUGAUCUGAUGGACGGGUAUUUUCCGUCCGAGCUUCAGGAGCGGUUUCCGGACGGCGUGCCCUUUGAGGUUCAUGACAGGCGGGAUCAAGAGUACAUCUCCAGGGCGCCUUGGAAUAACUUUCCCGGCGAAGGGAAGGCUGCCUGUGGGGAAAAAGCUGAAUCAUCCAACGGCGUCAGCUUGAAAUUACCCGGCAAGGAGUCGAGUACGGAUCGGUUCCUGAAGAAGUUACCAAAAAUGGUAGUGAAGGCCGGUCGGGUGAUUGACGUCAGGGACUCCGUGAGGGCUGUCCUGCAGGGUUCGUCUGACUCGCAGAGCAGCAACUCUGUGAUCCUCGUAGACACACCGGCAAGACUGCAGAUAUCCAGCCCUGACCGGCCUUCAUCUGACAGCGAUGUCAUCAUGCUCAAGGUGAAAUCCGAAGACGGGAAUCGGACUUACAUUCUGAAAAUGCGCUUCUCGGAUACAGUAGCCCACUUGCGACAGCAUCUGGACAAACACAGAGGGGUUGGACUCCCUGGUUAUGACAUCAUUAGUGCGUCCCCAAAGUGCUGCUUCGAUGACGACCAGCAGACGUUCCAAAUGUGUGGACUCACGACUAACGCCACACUGCUGCUGCGAAAGAGGCAACACCCUCAUUCACUGUCUGAAAUCAAUUAAAUGGACCCACAGAUGGUUUUC